CAUCCUCCUCUAUACCCACAUAUCUCACUUUCUCACUCACCUUCUAACCAACACCUCUCUCUCUCUCUCUCUCUCUCUCUCUUCCUCUCUAAUCUUAUAAACCAGAUCAACCCUACCCUACACUCUCUCUCUCUCUCUCUCUCCUAGUCUUAUAGAAGCGUCACUUUCUCUCCCUUUGUUUUGGAAGAAGGAUUUCCACUUUUGAGUAAGCCAUGAAGAAGAAGGAGGUGAUAAAGAUGGAGGAGACCUUUGGAUCUUCGUUGUUUGCUGAACAUAUCUCUGACGGUUUCCCAUUUUCAGGCAUAUUUGAUUUCUCUGAAGGUGAAAAGAGCUCUUUAGGGUUUAUGGAGUUGCUGGGUAUUCAGGACUGUAGUCCUUCUCUGUUUGAUUUGCCACAGGCACCAUCUAUGGCAUCCUCGGCUCCACGUCCAGUUACUACCGUGAAAGAGGGUUCUGAGGUCUUGAAUCAGCCUGCCACCCCUAACUCUUCCACGAUUUCGUCUGCAUCGAGCGAGGCAGUGAAUGAUGAACAGACUAAAGCUGUAGACCAGGAAGAAGAGCAACAAGAAAAGACCAAGAAACAGUUGAAACCCAAGAAGACAAACCAGAAGAGACAGAGAGAGCCGAGAUUUGCGUUCGUGACAAAGAGCGAGGUUGAUCAACUGGAAGAUGGGUACAGAUGGAGAAAGUACGGUCAAAAAGCUGUGAAGAACAGCCCCUUUCCAAGGAGUUACUAUCGUUGCACUACUGCUUCAUGUAAUGUAAAGAAACGUGUGGAGCGAUCUUUCACAGAUCCAGGCACUGUUGUUACUACCUAUGAAGGGCAACACACCCAUCCAAGUCCGGUCAUGCCUCGCCAAAGCCUCGCCGGAGCUCCACCGGGGCCGGGGAUCUCUGUCGGAUACGCUACCAACUUUGCUAUGCCAAUGUCAAGAACCAGUACCCUUUCUCAGUAUCAACAACAGCGCCAACAGUCCUUCAUCAUGAACACCUUGUCGCCUUCUACUUAUGGCACUCAUCAUCAUGGUUUAACAAAUAAUCCUGCAGGUUUACGCCGUGACAUUCGGUUUUGCACCCCGGGUUCUGCUUUGCUUAGAGACAAUGGACUCCUUCAAGACAUUGUUCCCUCGCAUAUGCUGAAGGAAGAGUAGAGGAUCAAACCGUUCGCUAGUUUUAAAGUAAUUUUGUUCUGUUCACUGACUUUUAUAGGUGAAGACCAUAGAUGAAUGCCCCCACAUGAUUACUGGUAUGCAAUCUUCUUGCCGGCUGGUGGUGAUGAUCUUCUUUUAGAACCCACUUCCCCAUUGUACACAAAACGCUGAUGAUCAUUAUCGCCGUUAACAUGGGUUUUCUUUUCUUUUCUUUUUUUUUAAUCUAGAGCAGGGACUAGUACUUCUCGAUCUCCAUUUGGUUAGCUUUUUUCCAUCUUUUUCAUGAAGGUUUUGGGUAUAUGUAGAGAUGGAUAGAAAUUACAGAAAAAAUUGUGAUCUUA